GGAUGGAGGACGCUCGGAGGAAGUCAGGAGCUCGGCAUGAAGCCAUGAAUGAAUCUGUGUUGUCUUUAUUAGACCAGGUAGAAUCUGAUCCCUGCUCCACACUCCGGAGCAGAAGGGGGCGGUAAUGCGCCUAUGACGCAGGUGGCCAACCCCCUUUAAAAACAAACGAAGAAGACGAGCUGUCAGUACUCUGUCAGUAACUACUGACUGUCUUUGUUAGAUCAUCGUAGCGAAUAUUGACGCUAACACCCCUUCAGUCCCGUGUCUCCUGCGUGAACCCCUCCUCCUCGCGCCAUGGACGCUCUCCUCUCCGGGCUCUUCUCCUCGGAGGAGCAGGAGCUGCACACGUUGGACCGGUUGGCUCACCUCACGCUCUUCAUGGCCGCCUGCACUUUCAUCACGCUGCUCUUCGAGAACGUCCCCUACGGUCGCUACGCCAGCAGCAGGUACGGGUUCCCGGUGGACGUCCGGUUCGCCUGGUUCGUGCAGGAGCUGCCUGCGCUCCUGGUGCCUCUGUGUCUGCUGCUGUGGACGUCCUCCGCCAAAAUGUACCUGGUGCCCAACCUGCUGCUCAUCGCCAUGUAUAUCUGCCACUACAUCCAGAGGUCUCUCAUUUAUCCAUUUUUAAUCCGAGGAGGUAAAGCGACACCGUUUGUCUCAUUUGCCCUGGCCUUUGUUUUCUGCGUCUAUAAUGGCUACAUGCAGAUCAGGUACCUUAGCCAUUACGCUGAGUACCCUGCAUACUGGGUUACACAUCCAUGCUUCAUCACUGGGUCUGUGCUGUGGUUGGUCGGCUAUCUUGUGAAUGUGCACUCUGACCACAUCCUGAGGAACCUGAGAAAGCCCGGAGAGACCGGCUACAAGAUUCCCACAGGUGGGAUGUUCAAAUAUGUAUCAGGAGCCAACUUCUUAGGAGAGAUAAUUGAGUGGGCAGGCUUUGCUCUGGCUGGUCACUCAGUUCAAAGUGCGUCCUUCGCCAUCUUCACCGCGGUGGUCCUCUCCAGCAGGGCUGUGGCCCACCACAAGUGGUACCUUACUAAGUUUGAGAACUACCCCAAAAGCAGGAAGGCUUUGAUUCCAUUCCUGUUCUAAGAAGCACUUUCUGCACUGGAAGCUGGAAGAGGAAAGCUCUGAUGUCGGAAUAAACCUUGAAGAUCUGUUUUUUUUUUUUUUUCAUUGAGAACGUAUUGAAUCAGGUUGCAUGCCUGUAAAUGAUCUCAUCCGACCCGCAAGCAAGUGACAGUUAAACACCAUCGUCUCAUUAUGAUCUUUAUUGUUGCCAUUAGUUUGGCAAUAAUGUCCACAAAGCACAAGAAGCUUUCAGCAACCGUGAACUGAAUGUACUGGAAGUGUUGUGCUUGCAGGGGAGCGCUCCUUCAGAGGAAAUGAGAUGGUGAUUGAAACGCCUUAGCUCAACAGCAAUACAAUGGAUUUAUGACACACUGCACCAGCAGUAAAGAGUUUUAAGACUUCGCCGCUGAUCUGCAUAUUCUCCCAGAUGGAACAUAAACUAGGAAAUGUAAAGCAGACAUUUCAAGUUUUCGUUUAUCCUCAAGAGUCAUCUGCUGCUGAACUAUCUUCUUCACAUCUGUUCAUAUUAAAUAGAUACAAACAGGAGCUUGAGUCAACUCCAACGUGUUCUCCCUCCUCGUUCAGGGAGACUUUUCCUCUUUACCGCAUCGUCUGUAACUCCUGAUUAAGAAGCCACUCAGUAACAAAAUGAAAAGACCGACCUGUCCCCAUCUACUGGGCUGCAAGGAAAUCAAAGAGAGAUCAAGCACAGCCCUCAAUAACUCACCCAUGCCUGAAAUGAGAAGAAGAGAUUGGCUUCUCAGAAAGAAAGAAGAGUGGACAAAGAAAUGAACGGGGAAAGUAUUUGGGGAGAAUGUGAAAACAGGAGCCCGUCGCAUGGAUAAAUUACACUGAUUUGAUGAGGUUGUGUGACUGGCUGAAAAGAAGGAGACUGGGGGAAUAGAUGACAAAUUUGUUAUAUUGAUCAUAACAUCCCUUAUGGUCUAAUGCUGUUUCAUAAUCAUAUUUAGAAUGAGACAAAUAAUCUGUCAGUGUGAGUUAGGACUUUUCUUAUAUCAUGUCUUAUUUCGUAGGAUCAAAUAAAAUGACCCGUCUUAAUCUCUAGUGUUUUUUAAACUAGGUUUAGUUUGGAAACAAGUGCGAUUUUUGCUUUGCCUUGGUCACAGUCUAUAUGUAUAUAGUGGUUUAUAAGCUGGUUCAAGCUUUCCUUUGUAUACCUGUUUCAAAAAGUGCCGGCUGCAGUUUCUUAUAACUCAUCAGCCCUCUCUCUCCCAGUGGAGAAGAUAUUUCCAACACCAGUCACGGCCAAGGUCAUAUCAGAAUGAAUUUUAAAAAUGCAUUGAAAAUAAAAGUGUUUUGUCAUCGUUUUUAGACAUGGUGUCAUCAAUAAAUAAAAGGACCACUGUGAGUCUGAUGAAG